AGAGCGGAACUCGAGUCCCGUCACCGUCCACAUGUGACCGCACGAACUUCAAAGCAAAACCCCCUCCCUCCUCCUCCUCGUCCAAUGCGGGCGUCGGGGUCGAUGAUCGAAGCUUCAAGAACCCAUUCCUAUAACUGAUAAGAUUCAGUGUCACUAUCAGAUCCCCUCUCUCUCUCUUCGAUCAUGGAUUCUUUCCUUCUCUCUUCGACUCGAGCCUCUCUUUGCUUCGGUUCGACUCACAGCAGAGGGAGCGAUCGUCCCUCAAAUGCUUGUCCUCUUCGAUCUUCGCUAGGAUUUCUGCGCUUCGGAUCGAGGGAUAAUCGGCUACUUGAAAUAGGUCCCCAUAAUAUUGUCAGGGGGGAUACUGGACGUGUUUAUGUGCGGCAUGCAGAAGAGAGUACCCUGAAGGAAAUAAGUUCUCCAACAAUGGAGGUUGACAAUCCUGUGAAAAUUUCUUCUGGCAAAGCUUUUCCUCUUGGAGCAUCAAAAGUGGAAGAUGGAAUCAAUUUUGCUAUAUUUUCUCAGCAUGCAUCUUCAGUCACACUUUGUCUCUCAAUUCCUGAGAGGAACAACAAUGAAGAGCUACGUGAUGGCAUGAUUCAAAUUGCACUGGAUCCCCAAAAUAACAAGACUGGGGACAUAUGGCAUGUCUGUGUAGAGGGUUUGCCUGAUGCAGGUGUUCUUUACGGUUACCGCAUUGAUGGACCCCAUGACUGGAAGCAAGGGCAUCGAUUUGACAGCAACAACAUCCUUGUUGAUCCUUAUGCAAAAUUAGUUUCUGGUCGCAACUUAUUUGGAGAUGCUAGGAAUAAGAUGUCUAAAUUUCUUGGAACUUAUGAUUUUAGUAGCUUGCCUUUUGACUGGGGCCUUCACUACAAGCUUCCAGACAUACCUGAGACAGAUCUUGUCAUAUAUGAAAUGAAUGUGCGGGCAUUCACAGCUGAUGAAUCUAGUGGGUUAGAUCCAGGCAUUCGUGGGAGCUAUCUUGGGGUCAUUAGCAAGAUACCUUAUUUACUGGAACUUGGUGUAAAUGCUGUCGAACUAUUGCCUGUCUUUGAAUUUGAUGAGUUGGAAUUCCAGAGGCGUCCGAACCCUAGAGAUCACAUGAUUAAUACAUGGGGCUACUCUACUAUCAAUUUUUUUGCCCCAAUGAGCCGCUAUGCCAGUGCUGGUGGUGGAGCUUUGGCUGCUUCUCAAGAGUUUAAGCAAAUGGUCAGGGCUUUACAUAAUUCUAGAAUCGAGGUGAUACUGGAUGUUGUUUACAAUCAUACAAAUGAAGCUGAUGAUGCUCAUCCUUAUACUACCUCUUUUCGUGGUAUUGACAACAAGGUUUAUUACAUGACGGAUCUCAACAACGACGGUCAACUACUAAACUUCUCAGGCUGUGGAAACACGUUAAACUGCAACCAUCCUGUUGUUAUGGAACUUAUACUCAACAGUUUGAGACAUUGGGUUCUCGAAUACCAUGUGGAUGGUUUCCGCUUUGAUCUUGCAAGUGUUCUUUGUCGGGGAACAGAUGGGACUCCUCUGAAUGCGCCCCCACUUAUAAAGGAAAUUGCCAAAGAUUCUAUUUUGUCAAGGUGUAAAAUAAUUGCAGAGCCUUGGGAUUGUGGAGGUCUUUACCUGGUUGGAAAAUUCCCAAAUUGGGAUAGGUGGGCAGAAUGGAAUGGGAAAUAUCGUGAUGACAUUAGAAGAUUCAUAAAGGGAGACCUUGGUAUGAAGGGAAGCUUUGCAACUCGUGUAUCAGGAUCAGCGGACUUAUACCAGGUAAACAAGCGGAAGCCAUACCAUAGUGUUAAUUUUGUCAUAGCACAUGAUGGAUUUACACUGUGUGACCUUGUUUCCUACAACUUCAAGCACAAUGAUGCUAAUGGGGAAGGCGGUAAUGAUGGAUGCAAUGAUAAUUUUAGCUGGAACUGCGGUUUUGAAGGUGAAACAAAUGAUGUGAAGAUCAUAAAUUUACGUUCCAGACAAAUGAAGAACUUCCAUGUAGCAUUAAUGAUUUCUCAGGGAAGACCAAUGAUGCUGAUGGGUGAUGAAUAUGGUCACACACGCUAUGGAAAUAACAAUAGCUACGGACAUGAUACUGAAAUAAACCAUUUUCAAUGGGGACAGCUGGAAGAGAGAAAGGGUGAUCAUUUCAGAUUCUUCUCAGAGAUGAUAAAGUUUCGUCAAAAUCAUCCUAUACUGAGGCGUGAUAGAUUCCUUAACAAGAAUGAUGUUACCUGGCAUGAGGAUAAUUGGGAAAACCAUGAGAGCAAAUUCUUGGCCUUCACGCUCCAUGAUGAUAGAGCUGGAGGGGACAUCUACUUGGCAUUUAAUGCACAUGACUUCUUUGUCAAAGCUAUAAUACCCUCGCCGCCACAUAAGAGGAGUUGGCACCGUGUGGUGGACACAAAUCUUGAAGCUCCCAAUGAUUUCGUCUCUGAAGGCAUCCCAUUUGUUGAGACUGUGUACAAUGUUGCUCCAUAUUCUUCUGUUCUUCUCGAGGCGAAACCAUGAAGUCGCAAGGGCUCAAGCGACUCCAGUUUGUAAUGUCAAAAUGCAAAGUGUUGUCGAUGAAAGAGGUCACCUUGAGGCUAAUAAUGUAGCAUAUUUGUACUUUAUAUCAGGAUUUUAUUUUAGCAAUGAAGUGUAAAAUGGUAGAAAGAGUUGUUAAUUGGGAACGGUAUGUCUGGAGUCAUUACAAGGGGGUUGCUGGUGACCCAUCAUUAGACGAAUAAAAUGCCCAGUCCCCAAGCCAUACUAGCAUCCUCAUGUUUCUAAUAUUGUUGAUCAUUCAUGAUUUUGACACAUUGAUUUCAUUCUCAUAUAGUAACAUAUUUAUAUAGUAGCUACAUUGUAGCUUGGUUCCU